AUGGAUCAAGAAUCCCAGCGCGGAAGGUCGCUGUCGGCCAGUAACUUUCAGCAGCCUGAUAUAAACCAAUCUCACUCGCCGACUCGGAGUCCGUUCGCACCCACAAGCGAUCAGCCUUCCGUCGGUCUUGGACUUGGUAUCGGCGUCGGCCUGGAUCCAUCGCAGCAACAACAGCGACAACAACAACAACAACAACAGCAGCAGCAGCAGCAGCAGCAGCAACACCGAGCAUUCACGGCAUCACUUCAUCCAAACUUUGAGUCAUUCAACGCCAACGGCUUUCUCGGCGCCCAAGCCAACGCUGUCGACUCGAGCACCGGCUUUGACCCCAGCGCAAGCUUCGGACAGCAGUCGCAAGCUACCGGUGCCGGCUCCACCCCGUCUUUGAACGCCCAGGCGCAACAUAAUUAUAUCUCUCCCAAUCUUCCCGACGGCGAUUUUUCUCUCUUCCCUUCGGGCGCUGACCAAGGAGAUCAAUAUAACGCCCCUCUCUUUGAACAACCGGCACUGGGCGAUAUCAAUGCCAUGACCUCCCCGCACUCGCAUCAGUCUCCAACCCCUCCACGGCUCUUACAGCCAGAUAGCCUUCAGUCGCCUCCCUUUAGCCAACAUCAGUUCUCGUCGCCGCCAUCGACUCACUCGAGGAACGCUUCCUUAGGACCCGAAGCCGCGCUUCUCCCGAAUCAGAUUGGCGACUGGACGCAACCUCAGUUCCAAGGUCAUCGACGAACGCCUUCGGAGUUCUCCGACGUUUCUUCCGUCGCUCCCUCGCCUCAUCUCAUCAGCUCCGACACAUUUGACGCUGAUCCUUCAGGUCAUUCGCCUCUGCAACGACCGGCAGACGCCAGCCUCUACCAGGAGGUGCUUGGUAUCGGAGCGUUCAGCCUAGCUGACCACGGCAGCCCUGGCUAUCAUGGUCGAAGCCCUUCUCAUAGCCCUGCAAUCAGUCCUCGCCUAAUGCCCCAACAAAUGCCGGAAACCAUGCAGCCCUCGUUUAAUCUGAUUCCACCGAAUGCCACGUACGAGGGGACUUCUGGAUAUCCUGAUUUGCAACCAAAUCAUGAGACUUUUCCAUCGCUGCAAGGUGGCAUGGGUGCUGGCGACAUGCACCAAAUGGCGCCGCCAGCAAUCAAUAUCGAUUUCGCACCGACGACCAAUAUAAGACCAGGUGGCUUUGAACCGCCCAAGUCGCAAAUGGAUCAAGAUUCCCUCACUCCUCCAGAACGAGGUGGCCAGUGGGGCUGUGGCCGGCGAUUUGCCCGAGCCGAUGCUUUGGGAAGACACUUUCGGUCUGAAGCUGGCAGAAUUUGCAUCAAACCUCUCUUGGACGAAGAAAUGAUAGAAAGGCAGCGCCAGUGGCAGGAAGAGCGGAUGCAGCAGAAUAUGGCCCAGAAUAUGGCUGGUCAGCAAGUCAUGAUGGACACUGGCCCAGCUUAUCCCAUGGAUGCUAGUGGAAACUAUACCCUUCCGCAGGCCCUGUUGGCUCAGUAUCCCGCACUGGCGCAGAUGAACUGGUCAACUACAGACAUGGGAGGCGGACUGGACGAUGAGCUGAGCGGCAGAUCAUCGUUUGAUGCUAGCGACUACGACGAUGGUGACGACGGUGGCUAUAUUAGUAGCUCUGGAAGAUACCCAGAGGAAGGCAUGAAUCAAAAUUAUGCCGAGAUGAGCUAUACCAGUGAUUAUGGGCGCUGA